AUAUUGAAACGCAUUACGUGGGUUUCCAAAAUAGAUUUUAGCAAGAACCAACCGGGAAGACGCUUCAUUAAUGUGGUUGGGCCUGGCUGUCAUUUUAGCUUGGGUCUUUCUUUGUCGUUGAAUGUCGUUGAAAACAUAGGCCAUAUAUUUUUGAGAUCUAAAAAGUAAACCAUGAAUUUUAAUGGUCUUGAUUCUGGUCUUGGAGAAUACGCGUCGCCCCUGCACCCUGGCAUCAGUGCUUCCCUGGAACGCUCGAUUGAGCAUUCACUCGAUCCCAGGCUUGACGCGGCGUUGUUGCAGAAUAUGGACUUGGAAGCCAGUGGGGUGCAGUUAGAUGGCAUGUCUGAAUCUGUACAUCUUCUGGAAGACAUGUAUUCCGAGCUGCACACAGUUGUGGCAGAAGUUGGAGUCCCUGUAACGACUGCGCAUUUUGACAUUCAGGAUGAAAUGCUUUGGGUGGGAAGUCAUGGGGGCCAUGUAACAUCUUUCUUUGGUCCUACCAUGGAACGAUACUCAUCCUUUCGAGUUAACUCUACAGAUGAUAUACGUCAGAUACAAACCUUAGAAAGUGGGAUUCUCUUUUUGAAUAAAAAUAACCUGAAGUGUUUUACUCGAGGAGGCCUAAUAAUGUUUGAUUUCGUUAUGGAUGAAGCCGAGGAUCUGCACAGCCUCCUCCUCACUGACAAUAACUCAGUUCUGCUGGGGAGCCUUCAGAAUCAUGUCAGAGAAAUAGACUUGAAUGCAAUACAAGAAACUGAAAAGUACAUUGUUGAGGUUCCAGGUGUGACAAUUAUGCGCCAGUCUAACCGCUCCUUCUUUUGUGGACAUUCAUCAGGAAAGGUAUCUGUCCGAGAUUUAAGAAACUUUAAGUUAGAACACGAGUUUGAUGCUUACUCUGGAAGCCUCUCUGAUUUUGAUGUACAUGGGAACCUGCUGGUGACAUGUGGUUUCUCAAAUCGAAUAAAUGGGCUGUCAUGUGACAGAUUUCUGAUGGUAUAUGACCUACGCAUGAUGCGGGCUAUUAGCCCCUUGCAGGUUCACGUGGAUCCUCUCUUCCUGAGAUUUAUUCCUACAUAUACUUCAAGGCUAGCCAUCAUCUCCCAAUCAGGACAAUGCCAGUUUUGUGAACCAACAGGCCUCGCAAGUCCUGCAGAUAUUUUUCACGUAAACACUGUGGGGCAGUUGGUUAUGUCAUUUGAUGUAUCUUCUAGCAAGCGAGCAUUGCUGUUUGGAGACUCUGGAGGAUGUGUGCAUCUAUGGGCAGACUCACCAAGUGCUACAUUCAAUGCGUACUCCCGUGAGACUGAAUUUCCGAUGCCAUGCAUGGUAGAUACACUGCCACAUCUGGACUGGAAUGAUGAGCUCUUGCCUUUAUCCCUCAUUCCAGUACCUCUCAUCACAGAUUCUCUGUUGUCUGACUGGCCAACAGCAAAUUGUGUUGUCACACCCAGACGAGCCCCACCUGUUGAGCUUGAGAUAUUGCGUACAAUGAAGAAAGUUGGGUUUAUCGGUUAUGCCCCGAAUCCCAAAACAAGGCUGAGAAAUCAGGUUCCAUAUAAAUUAAAGGAGAUGGAUGUAGAAUGUGACAACUACAAUCAAAUCCCAGAGUCUCCUAUUGGAAGGGAGGAAGAUACUCAUCUCUACAUGGUCCCAAAGAAAUAUCGAAAGGUUACUAUCAAAUAUUCGAAACUUGGUUUGGAAGACUUUGAUUUCAAGCACUACAACAAGACUUUGUUUGCGGGGCUGGAGCCACACAUUCCCAAUGCUUAUUGCAACUGCAUGAUUCAGGUGUUGUAUUUACUGGAGCCCAUCCGCUGCCAUGUUCAAAACCAUCUGUGUCAGAAGGAGUUUUGCUUGGGAUGUGAACUUGGAUUUUUAUUUCACAUGCUCGAUCUCUCAAGAGGUGACCCAUGUCAGGCCAGCAAUUUCCUUCGUGCUUUCCGAACUAUUCCUGAGGCAUCAGCUCUGGGCUUAAUCUUGGCGGAUUCAGAUGAAGCAACUGGAAAGGUGAACCUUGGCAGACUCAUACAAAGCUGGAACCGGUUCAUAUUGACACAGCUGCACCAAGAGACACAAGAGCAGGAAGGACCACAGGCCUAUCGGAGUGUCAUGGGGAGUACAUUUGGAUCCUCUGGUGAAUCUGUAAUAGGGAAGCUGUUUGGUUGUGAAGUUGAGAACUGUAGCACUUGCCGUUGUGGGAAGGAAACUGUUCGAGUUUCUUCAAGCCUGCUUUUUACAUUGCAGUAUCCUGAUAUAAAUAUUGUUGACAAAACUAUGCGACAGUAUGAAUUUGCUGAAGUGCUGAAAAGAAGUAUUUGCCUUGAACAGAACACCCAGGCCUGGUGUGAAAAUUGUGAGAAGUACCAGCCCACGAUUCAAACCAGGAAUAUUCGAUGCUUACCAGAUGUUCUUGUUAUUAACUGUGAAGUCAAUAGCACCAAAGAAGCUGAAUUUUGGAAAUGCCAAGCAGAGUACGAAUUGCACAACAAAAUGAGGAAGGAAGAUUUGGAAGCAAUAAGAAUGAAAGAAAAUAAUCCAACUGAAUGGGAAGCACUUUGUAAUGCUGAAGGUCUGAGUUUCUAUACAUCGAUUGAGGAAUUGAAAAAUAUUUGGAUACCAGAUUCCAUCAAGAUGAGGCUGACUAAAAACAAGGAGUUGGAAGUCACAAACUGGACUGAAAAUGAAGGCCUGUCCUCUUUAGAAGAUGAAGAGAACACCUACCUGUAUGAUCUGGUGGUGACCGUGGCCCAUAUUUUAGAUCCUCGGACUGGAGGCAGUCUUGUGGCCCACAUUAAAGUUGGAGAGACUUAUCACCAGCGGAAAGAGGGUGUCACUCAUAAACAGUGGUAUCUGUUUAAUGACUUCCUCAUAGAACCAAUUGACAAGUGUGAAGCUAUGCAGUUUGAUUUAAAUUGGAAGGUCCCCUGCAUUCUGUAUUAUGCUAGACGAAAUCUGAAUUCCAAGUAUGACUUAACCAUAAAGAAUCCAAUUGAGGCCAGUGUUUUGCUGGCAGAAGCGUCUCUGGCUAGAAAACAGCGAAAAUGUCAUGCAACUUUCAUUCCACUAAUGCUGAAUGAGAUGCCUCAGCCCAAUGAUUUAGUGGGUUUGGACGCAGAGUUUGUCACACUAAAUCAGGAAGAAGCAGAGCUGCGAAGUGAUGGGACAAAAUCCACCAUCAAGCCCAGUCAAAUGUCGGUUGCAAGGAUCACAUGUGUACGAGGUCAGGGACCAAAUGAGGGAGUUCCCUUUAUUGAUGAUUACAUCUCCACACAGGAGCAGGUUGUGGAUUACCUGACUCAGUAUUCUGGAAUCAAGCCUGGGGACCUUGACGCCAAAAUCUCAUCCAAACACCUAACCACCUUGAAGUCAACGUACCUGAAACUAAGGUUCCUCAUUGAUAUUGGAGUGAAGUUCGUGGGACAUGGGCUGCAGAAGGACUUCAGAGUCAUAAAUCUUAUGAUUCCAAAGGAGCAAGUGAUAGAUACAGUAUAUUUAUUUCACAUGCCCCGGAAAAGGAUGAUUUCACUGCGUUUCCUUGCAUGGUAUUUUCUAGAGCUUAAAAUUCAGGGUGAAACACAUGAUAGCAUAGAGGAUGCACGCACAGCACUGCAGCUGUACCGCAAGUAUCUGGAGUUGACAAAGCAUGGGAUGGAUGUUGAUGAAUUCCGAAAAAUACUCAAAGGCCUAUAUGAGAAAGGCCGAAAGAUGGACUGGAAAGUACCGGAGUCUGAAGAAGUCCAGAGUAGUCCCAAAAGAAUUUUUGGCAUCCAGACUAAUCAUCAACUUGCCUAGGCUUGAAGUGAAACUCUGUGGAUCAAGGCAUUUCUUUCCCUGGCUCCCAAUUUUCCCACCUCUGAAGGGUUAAAAUGUGAAGACAUCUGAAUGAACUAUCUAACCUAAUGAGGAGUGAAUCUGCAGCAUUUGAGGGGAAAAAAGUUUGUAUUUUUCACAGAUUCCAGAAGAAACCCGUUUCUAAAUGGAGACGGCUUGCACUGGUGCUUGACUGUUGUAGUAUUUUAACCAUGGAACACUGAUCUGACAGGAUGAAGAAUGGGAAAGGACGACAGAAUCUUGAGAAAAGAACUGAGUCACUUUGAGGAAAAUGGCAACAAACAUGUUAACUAGAGAAUGCUGGAAAUGCUCAAAACCAGGCAGCCUCUGAGGGGGGAAGUACAGUUGGUAUCAUCAACCGUUGCGAUGAUUGCCCGUCACGCGAGGACCUGCAUUUUGUCAAGGCUUCCAAAUCUCCAGAGGUUUCUUGGUAAACAUUCCAUGCUUUUUAGUGCUUUUUAGGAAGGGGUUCAUAUUCUCCCCUCUAUUUUCUUAAGUUUCUCCUUCACUUUUUAUUUGCUUACUAUAAAAACAAGUGCCCACCUGGACAGAAUAGCCUUCCUGUGAAGGCAGUAUGCUUAAUUCAGAUAGUGCAGACAUGGUUGGUAGAGUUUGGCUGCUCUGAAAUUGAAUGAAAAUCUUUAAUAUACCCCAGCAUUACCCAAUAUUUUCCUAUUCCAGGAAGAAAGCACAUAGGGUUAAUAAAUAUGGUAAUGGAAAUAUCAUCAUACAGUACGUUGUUACCAGGUUGCCAAUGCAGUUACUCAGUAAACUCAUUGCUUUCUAAGAAAUGGUUGUCUUCCCCUUUGUAGAUAUUGUUUUGUAUCCUGUCAUGUUGAAUAAGGUAUUCCACAGUGAUUUUAAUACUUCAGUUUUUUUAGAUUGUUUAAUUAAACAAUCAGGAUAUAGGAUUGAUGUCAGGACGGCAGUGUCAUCAAAUGUAACAGUCCACAUUCUUCCGAGAUUGUAUUUGUGCUAUUCAGUCUUUCCAGACAGCCAGCAGGUUGAUGUAGAAUCUUCAGUUACACUGCCGAGUUUCCUGAAUUUUCAGGUUUUUUGAAACUUAAAAGAAAAUGUGGCCUUGAGUUUACAAAUCUCCGAAUAGCUAGCAAUCUUUAUUACAGUAUUUUACAUAUGUGUUCAUGUGGUGCAAGACACUGUCAAUAUUCGGCAUUAUGUUACUCAAGUACCUGCAUUGGAAGGAAAAACAUUUGCACUUCCUGUAUAUACUAUGUAUAUACAGUUGUAAGAAAAAGUUUGUGAACCCUUUGCAAUUGCCAGAUUUUCGGCAUUAAUUACUCAUUAAAUAUGGUUUAAUCUUCCACUAAGUCACAAUAAUAGACCAACAUAAUCUGCCUACAAUAAUAACACACAAACAGUUGUAUUUUUUAUGUCUUUAUUGAACAUUGUUUAAUUAUUCAUAGUCCAAGCUGAAAAAAGCAUGUGAACCCUUGUGUUUAAUAACUGGUAGAACCUCCUUUAGCUGCAGUUACUGUAUCGUCACCAAACAUUUCUUGUAGCUGCUGAUCAGACUUGCAGAAUGGCGAAGAGGAAUUUUGGACCAUUCCUCCAUGCAAAACUGUUUCAGUUCAUCAAUAUUUCUGGGAUACCUUGCAUGAACAGCCCUCUUCAGGUCACACCACAGUACCUCAAUUGGGUUAAGGUCUAGACUCUGACGUGGCCAUUCCAAAACAUUAAUUUUCUUCUUUUUAAACUGUUCUGUUGUUGAUUUACUCUUGUGUUUCAGAUCAUUGUCUUGUUGCAAUAUCCAACGUCUUUUAAGCUUCAGGUGACAGACUGCUACCCUGACAUUCCCCUGUAAAAUGUCUUGAUACAAUUUUUGAAUUCAUUGUUCCUCAAUGAUUGUAAGCUCUCCAGGACCUGAAGCAAAAAAGCAGCCCCCAAAUCAUGAUGCUUUUUCCACCAUGCUUCAGUUGGGAUGAGGUUUUGAUGUUGAUGUGCAGUCCCCUUUUUCCUCCAAACAUAGUGGUGUGUAUUUCUGCCCAAAAAUUCAACUUUUGUCUCAUUUGUCAACAGAACAUUGUCCAAGAAGCAUUGUGGAACGUCCAGGUGGUCUUUUGCAAACUUGAGACAUACAGCAAUGUUUUUUGUUUUUUUUUGAGAGCAAUGGUUUCCUCCAUGGUGUCCUUCCAUGAACACCAUUCUUGUUCAUUCUUUUUCUUAUAAUGGACUCAUGAACAGAGACUUUAGCAAUUUUUAAAAUUAUUAUUAUUAAAGAUUUCUGCAGGUUUUUUGCUAUUACCCUUGUGUUCUUUUCACCUCCUUCAGCAUUUCACAUGCUCUUGGUGUGAUCUUUGCAGGAUGCCCACUCCUAGGGAGAGUAGCGACAGUACUCAAUUUCCUCCCUUUGUAGACAAUUUCUCUUACUGUGGACUGAUGAACACUCAGGUCUUUAGAAGAUCAAUUGUAGAGAUGUAUGAAAUUGGAAAAGACUGCAAAAUCAUUUCUAAAGUCUUCAAAGUUGUUUUGAUCAAGGCAUGGUGCACAUAAACAGAACUUUCUUGAAGAGCAGGCUUCAUCAGUAACCUGAUUUCGUGUCUUUUUUUUCCCAUAGAGCAGGGCACCUCUGCAACCCACUCCUCCAAUCUCAUCGAUUGGAACACCUGACUCCAAAAGGCUUUUGUAGAAAGCAUUACCCCAGAGGUUCACAUACUUUUUUGACCCUUAACUGUGAUUGUUUAAAUGAUAUGCUCAGUAUUGAUGAGAAGUACAAUUGUUUGUGUGUUAGUAGUUUAGGCAGAUUGUUUGUCUCUUACUGUGACAGAUGAAGAUCAGACCAAGUUUUGAGUAAUAAUGCAGAAGACCAGGUAAUUGC